UAAUGGGGCGGGGAAAAGGCCAACCGUCACGCCGCGCGUGAGGCUGACCUGUGCCAUCAUGCGCAUCCCCGAUCUUGAGUGAUAGGUGCGCUCGUGACCGAGCCCGCUGAGUCCGAAUGUGAUGGCAUGAGCCUGCUGGCCAAUUACAAACUGUAAGGGACAACGACUUCCUGACUCGGCCGGUAGCGCGCCUGCUUACAGCCCCGGCAAACUUCUGACAGCUGUGGGGGUGGUUGCUCAUUUCUUACGGAUUUCGCUCAGCUGUUUGCGAGGAUUUCAUUUGAUGGAGAAUGAGUGUCCCUGACUAUAUGCAGUGUGCUGAGGACCACCAGAGUCUUUUGGUCAUCGUGCAACCUGUGGGAAUUGUACCAGAAGAACAAUUCUUCAAGAUUUACAAAAUUAUAGCUGCUGCCAAUCAGAUUAAUCUUCGAGAUUCACAACGCAUUCUGUAUAUUCGUUAUAGACACCAUUAUCCUCCUGAAAAUAAUGAAUGGGGAGACUUUCAGACUCAUCGGAAGGUUGUAGGGUUAAUAGCUAUCACACAAUGUUGCAAUGCAAAGGAUUGGCCACAGACAUCAGAGAAAUUUCAUCUGCAGAAAGAAAUUUAUGGUUCUACACUGUAUGAUUCGAGGUUAUUUGUCUUUGGACUGCAGGGGGAAAUUGCUGAGCAACCUCGUACUGAUGUUGCAUUUUAUUCUAGUUACGAUGAAUGUGAAACCAUAGAGAAGAAAGUGGAAGACUUUAUUGAAUCAUUAUUCAUUGUUUUGGAAUCCAAACGCCUUGACAGAGCAACGGAUAAAUCAGGAGACAAAAUUCAAUUACUGUGUGUGCCAUUUGAAAAGAGAGAUUUUGUAGGCCUAGAUACAGAUAGCAGACAUUAUAAGAAGCGUUGCCAGGGCAGAAUGCGGAAACAUGUUGGUGACCUUUGUUUGCAAGCAGGCAUGCUGCAAGAUGCUCUUGUGCAUUACCAUAUGGCUGUCGAACUUCUUCGAUCUGUGAAUGACUUUCUCUGGUUGGGAGGUGCACUGGAGGGUUUGUGCUCAGCUUCAGUAAUUUACCAUUAUCCAAGUGGUACUGGGUCAAAACCUUCAAUUCGCAGAGCUAAUAAUAUGUGUUUGCCAUCAGAGGCUGGCAAGCGACAUCGACAUGGGGCACAGGAAGUUCUCAUUGAUCCAGGUGCAUUAACUACAAAUGGAAUCAGUGCAGAUACUAGUACUGAGAUUGGAAGAGCGAAGAACUGUCUAAGUCCUGAGGAUAUUAUUGACAAAUACAAGGAAGCCAUUACUUAUUUCGGCAAGUACAAAAAUGCUGGUGUGAUUGAACUGGAAGCUUGUGUAAAGGCAGUUAGGGUGCUUGCUGUUCAGAAGAGAAGCAUGGAGGCUUCCGAGUUCCUUCAGAAUGCUGUCUACAUCAACCUUGGCCAGCUUUCUGAAGAGGAGAAGAUUCAGCGAUAUAGUGUCCUUUCUGAGUUAUAUGACCUGAUAGGUUUUCAUCGUAAAGCUGCCUUCUUCAAGCGUGUAGCGGCAAUGCAAUGUGUGACACCAUCAAUAGCUGAACCUGGGUGGAGAGCUUGUUACAAGCUGCUGUUAGAGACAUUACCUGGAUAUAGCCUGUCAUUGGAUCCCCAAGACUUCAGCAAAGGAACUCACAAAGGCUGGCCAGCGCUACAAAUGCGGUUACUCCACGAACUUGUUUACGCUUCAAGACGAAUGGGAAAUCCUGCACUUGCAGUUCGCCAUCUGUCCUUCUUGCUUCAAACCAUGCUUGAUUUUCUCUCUGAUCAAGAGAAAAAGGAAGUUUCUCAGAGUUUGGAGAACUACACCACAAAAUGUCCUGGUACUAUGGAAAAUGUCACACUACCUGAUGGUGUGAAAUUACCUCCAGUUCCUCUCUCAAAACUUCCGAUGGUCAGGUCUGUAAAGCUCUUGAAUCUUCCACUUAACCUCCGCCCACAAAAAGUAAAAAACACACUCAGUCAGAGCACGUCCUCCAAGAGCCCUUUCAUUUACUCACCAAUUAUUGCACAUCACCGUGGUGAAGAAAGAAGUAAAAAAAUAGAUUUCCUGUGGGUGCAAGGAGACGUGUGUGAAGUUCAGUUGAUGGUCUAUAACCCCAUGCCUUUUGAACUGAGAGUGGAAAAUGUGGGACUCUUGGUUGCAGGUGUUGCAUUUGAAUCCCUCCCAGCUGCACUCUCUCUCCCUGCUGAAUCGGGCUUAUACCCAGUCACACUGGUUGGUGUUCCACGUACGUCAGGACAGAUCAAUGUAAAUGGUUACCAAACUUCUGUUUUUGGUGUGUCCAGCGAGUGUUUGUUAGACAAUUUGCCUGGGGUGAAAACUAAUGGCUGCACUGUUGAAGUUGUUCCAGCUUUACCACGACUACAAAUUACUACUACUCUGCCACGGUCUGCACACAUUCUGCUGCCAUCCUCAGGUGAUGAAGUAUCCAAUAGUGUAUCUAUUCAGUUGUUUAAUGGGGAAUUGCAACAGCUGACCAUCAAACUGGAGAAUAUUGGUUCAGAGCUUCUCGAAACAUUAGAGGUCUCUGCUAAGACCGUGAAUAAUAAAGAAAAACUGUAUGGUGACUUCCUGAGCUGGGACUUAGAAGAAUUGCGAGCACAAUUUCCACUUGAAUCUGGGAAGAUAGCUGUUUUUACAGUGAAUAUUCAAGUGAAAUUAGAUUUCUCCUGUCAAGAAAAUCUACUCCAGGACUUGAAUGAUGGUGGAGAAACGCAUCUUGGCCAGACAGCAACAGAAAUGAAGAGGAUUGGGUAAAUUGAUAGAUGGAAGGGAUAAUUUGGAACAACAACUUCUCAUGGGCUGAGGACUUGGAAAUUUUUAUUCUGGAGUGAAGUAAAUCAGUGGAACAGGAGUUAACAAAACAACUAAAUUAUUACAUUUUUCUUAAAGAAUCUACAGUAAAUGCAUCACAAUUGGUAAUAUUCUUGUGUAUAUUAUUGUGCUUAAUCUUUGAUUUGAGGAAACGUGUAAUAAGUCUUUCUGUUCUUGGAACUUAAUCAUUCUGAAACAAAUCAUGUGCUUGGUUUGCUACUUUGUAAUCAUUUGUGGCUAUCCACUGAUCCAAAGAAAACUACUUCUACACAUGUACAAUUUUGUUCUGAAAU